AUGGUUGAUCCGGAAUUCAAGCGCAUUGAGCGUUUUAUUUGGGGGUUAGCACCUCAAAACAUGAGCAUGGUGACAACGUCGAAGCCUGCCACAAUCACUGAGGCUAUUGAUCUGAGUGUAGCACUAACUGAAGAGGCAAUCAGUGCUAACAAGAAAGAAGAGGCAAACGCACCAGCCAAGGUCAAAACUAGUGCUGAAAACAAAGGAAAAGGGUAUAUGGGCACCUUGCCCAAAUGCGAUGCGUGUCAGUUGCAUCACAAUGGACGAUGCCGAGCUGGAAAAUGCGAGUCUUGUGGAAAGGUUGGUCAUUCGAAAACGUGCUGGGUUGGUACUGGUCGUGGUGGCCAGAGAGGUUAUGGUAAUGGAAACAAUAACCGUGGUGGAAAUGGGUAUCGAAACCGCCCUCAAGGAAGAAAUGGCGGUAAUGGUAAUUGUGGUAAUUUUGGGAAUCAAGCUGGUAGUGGAAACCGUGGAGCAAACAACAAUCAAGGUGGUAACGGAAAUGGUAAUGGUCGGGGACUAGGUUGUUUUAACUGUGGAGAUGUGGGGCAUUUCAAGCGAGAAUGCCCAAAGAUCAACCAAACUCAAGGAAGGGUUUUCAACAUCGGAGCGAGGGAAGCUCGCCAAGAUCCGAACGUAGUUACUGAUUCUAGAUUAUGGUUGACUGUCGUCUAA